CACAUAAUAGUGUCGUAUGUGGUAAUGAGUGGACAGUGAUUAAUGAAGAGGAAAUUCCAAAUACAACCCCAAAUAAUGAGGUUCAAGCCAUAUUUCAAACUACAAAUGAACUUUUAACUGAACACAUUGAAACCCAGCCAAUCUCAACGAUCCUACAAACCCGGGAAGCUGAACCUGAAGACAAAACUCAGGGUUAUGUUGAUGUCAUUCCUAAAGAAUGUACUUCUAAAGAAGUUCACAGUGAAGAAAAUCAUAAACCUUCGACAUCAAAACAGUGUGUUAGUGAAUUUUCACAAAAUACCAACAAAAGCAGGGAAUGUGUGCCUAAAAAACUUAAUUUGCCAACGACAUCAGCUCAGUCUAACCAAGAAAAUGUUCGACCCAAACGAAAGUGUAAAACCGAUAACGAAGCUACUGGAGAUCUUUUUUCAGAUGACCCUAACAGUGAAAAUGAUUAUGACGUGGAUGAUUCUGACGAGGAUCCAAAUUACGAGCCAAAAAAUGACCUUAAUUUCCCUAAAAAACAAACAAUAUCCAACAAAAUAUUUAACAUACCUAGAAGAAACAAAGUUGUUGUAAAUACUAAAGAAAAGGAGCCUGAGAUCUUUGAAGAAAAUGAUAAUGUUUUUGAAUUCUUGGAACAAAAUAACACUGAUCUCCAAAAGAAAAAAGGAAAGAAAAGGUCACUAAACAAAGACAACUGGUUGAAAUGUAAAGCAAAAAAGCUGAGAAAUUCUGGAGAGGAAUAUAAAUCAUCAUCUAAGUCCAGAAAACUAAUUGAGAAAAAGGAAAUAAAACCACCAUGCAAUGAUAGAUGUAGAAUCCAGUGUAAAACCAAAAUAAACCCUGAUGAACGUCAAACAAUUUUCAAAAACUAUUGGGCACUUGGUGACCUUUCCCGCCAAAGAGAUUUCAUAGCAUCACAUAUUCAGAACAUACAACCAACUUACCAGUACAAGAGAGAGGGAAAUAAGAGAAAACCAAACCAAGCCUUUUAUUUUGAUGUUGCUGAUAAGCGAGUUCGUGUAUGCAAAGAUUUUUUCAGAAACACCCUAGGGAUCAAUGACAGACCAAUUAGAACCGUUAUUGAUAAGAAAGACGCCUCAAGUGGCUUUGUUGCUGGUGAUCUGAGGGGUAAACAUGAUAAGCAUCAAACUGAUCAAGACAAGUUAAUAAAUGAAGGCAUCAGGCGUCAUAUAGAAUCUAUUCCUAAAAUUGAGAGCCACUAUCUACGGGCAAACACAACCAGAGAAUUCAUAGAAGGUGGUAAAACAAUUAGUGAUUUACAUCGUGAUUAUGUUGAACAUUGUAAAAGCUUGCAAAAACCUCAUGGAAAUUAUAAAAAGUAUUACGAUAUAUUCACCAAAGAGUAUAAUAUUUCUUUUUUUGUUCCAAAAAAAGACCUUUGUGAGCUGUGCCAUGCAUAUGAGACAGCUGAAGGUGAGAGAAAGACCAGUUUGCAAGAGGAAUAUGAAAAGCAUAUUAUGGAAAAAGAUCUAUCUCGAUUGAAAAAAAAUUCUGACAAAGACUCAGUGAGUGUCAACACCAUUGUUGCCUGUUAUGACCUUCAAGCUGUAUUACAGUGUCCAAAGGGGGAAGUGUCCCUAAUGUAUUAUAAAUCUAAAUUAAAUAUGCUAAACCUGACUGUCUGUGAGCUGAAAAAUGAUGCCGUAUUCUGCUAUACUUGGCAUGAAGGCGAAGGAGCCAGAGGCUCGUGCGAAAUUGGAACAUGCAUUUACAAAUACCUCAGUGAAAAAGUUAAAAAUUGCGAAAACGAUAUUGAAAUUAUAUUUUACUCUGAUAAUUGCAGCGGCCAACAGAAAAACAAGUAUUUGUUUUCUAUGUACUUAUAUGCAGUGGACAAACUGCCAAUUAAGUCUAUAACUCACAAUUUCCUAAUAAAAGGGCAUAGUCAAAACGAGGGGGACAAUGUACAUGCAAUGAUUGAGAAGCAGAUUAAGAAAUGUCUGAAGUCUGGACCAAUUUACCACCCGGCUCAAUACAUUUCAUUGAUCAAAACUGCAAAAAAAACUGGGAAUCCGUAUAAAGUCAAUGAACUAAGUCAUGAAGAUUUCUUGGAUUUUAAAGACCUAUGGGCAAACAUUGGAUGUAACUCUACAGUUAAUGUGUCAGGAUGUACUGUUGCAAUGAAUGACAUCAAAAUAAUUAAAGUUGAGAAAGAUUCUCCCUUUAAAAUCAAGUACAAGACAACUUAUGAUGACACAGUUGACUUUCAAGAAAUUUUCAUCCAGCAGAUUGAUAUUGAAGAAAACGAGGAUUUAUUCGGAGACAACAAGAAGAGUCACACUAAGAAGAAAACCAGAAGUUCAAAGAAGAAACAACAGGUUUUUCCUGUGCAUUGUUCAGAUGUUGCUUUAAAAAAAUUAUACGAGCAAAGACUGGGAAUUUCAGUUAACAAGAAAAAAGACUUACAAUACUUACUUGAAAAACAUGUUAUUCCAAGUUGCUAUGCACCAUUUUAUAACUCACUUUAAAUUUUUGCAGUAACGUUUGUGUUUAGCAACAAUGUUAUGUUUGUGUUAAUGAUUUUUAUUUCCAUUAGAAAAUACUUCUUUAAAUAUUAAAAAGUGCUGCAUUAGUUACUUUAUAUAAGACCAAACUAUUGGUAGUAACUAGUGGUAGUAAAUGAAUGUAUUUUGUUAUUAAUAUUUGAAAACACUAUUUUUCUAAACAUCUAAA